UUUCCAUAAAAUUCCAUUGAAAUAUUGUACACACGAUGCAUCAACUAAGGCAAUUCAAUAACGAUUUCAUGCGCUAUUUGGUCAAUUUAUUAACUUUUGAUGCGCGGAACAAGAAUCCCUACUCCAUAUGGAAGAUCUGUCCAAGGCAGCAGUUGGACCAGGCCCAUGGCAAGUUGCAGUUUUGUGAGUUCUGCAAGCCAGCUUUGUUUCCGUUUAUCUUUUGGUUGGUGCUGGCUUUGAGCAUCUGGGGCUUCGCUUGCACACUGAAGCAAACGCUGAAGCUGUUGCGCUGUCCGAACUCCAAGCUGGGCAUGUGGCGGCAGCGGGAGUUCCAUGUGUUUGGCGCCAAGGUGCUGCACUACGCCCGCUUGCUGGGCUCCUGCGCCAUCAUCACCUCCUGGUGUAUGCUCAUUGUGGGACUUGUGAUGCUCAAGCCGCGUCUGAUGAGCCCUUGGAUCGUGAUUAACAGCGUGGUGCUGGGUGGCGAGUUCAUCGUUUGGGUCUACGAUGUGAUGACGGGACACACUCAGCUCGAGCUGCACACGGGACUGACGCUGAUGCUGCCCUUUCUCAACCUCAUGAUGGUGCGGUGUGUGAAGGUGGUGAUGGAGCAUUCUUUGAAGAAUCAUGUGGAGGAUUCGCUGCGAAUUUUUUAAUUGUACGCAGUAAAAUGAUUAAAUGAUUGAAGAACUUGGUG